GAUAUAUAACGCCUAAGGAAACGAUACAUUUGGACCUCUUAACGACAUGCGAUGGCAUGCGUAAAAAGCAAGUGGAAAGCUCAGCGCUGCAGUUGGUGUGCCCGCUGGAUUCUCGCCCGGUGCAGCUAAUCUUCCGAGGAUUGCAGGUGGUCAAGGAGAAGCGAGUGCUCCUUCGAGAUGUCUCGGGAGUCGUCAAGCCAGGCGAAUUAUUGGCCGUUAUGGGCCCUUCAGGCUGUGGUAAAACAACACUGCUGAACUGUUUGUCCGGCCGUGUUGGCGUGGACAGCGGUGAGAUCUGGCUGAACCGCGAGAGGCUCACCAAACGGUGGCGCAGAAGAAUCUGCUACGUACAACAGCAGGAUAUUUUUUUCCCCGAUCUCACCUUACGGCAGACACUUGAGUACCAGGCGAGGCUGAGGCUUCCGGACACACUCUCACACUCCCAGAAGAUGCAGUGCGUGGACCACAUCAUCGAGGUCCUCGACCUCGCGGGCUGCCAAGACACCAUUAUUGGAGAUUAUUCGAAGCGGGGAAUUUCCGGUGGCGAAAAGAAGAGGACAAGUAUAGCUUGUGAAUUACUCACGAAUCCAUCAUUAAUGCUACUUGACGAACCCACGAGCGGACUCGACUCGCAUUCGGCACAGGCAUUGAUCUCGCGGUUAAAGAAAUAUGCCGAGCAAGAGGGUAAGAGUAUCGUCGUGACGGUACACCAACCUAGUUCCAGGAUGUUCCACAGUUUUAGUAAGCUUCUCCUACUGAGUAACGGUCAGGUGGCGUACUACGGUUCGACGGCGAAUGUCGGCAGAUUCUUCUCUACGAUAGGACUUACUCUACUGCCGCAUUACAACCCCGCAGACUUCAUUCUGGAACAAAUAAAGGGACCAGAGGAAGUUCGAGAUCGCAUCGUUGCCGCAGCGAGAGCUGCAAGACAGGGACCUGACUGCCCACCGGAACUUCGCCCGGAGUAUAAUCCCAGCCAACAUCCGCUCUGCGACCAUCUCAUCCAUUAUCACGAGCACCACAUCAGCCACAACGUGAAAGAAGACGAAGGCCGUACACUAUGGUUGGACACACAAAGCCACGCCAGCAGCAGCGCGAGUUCUGCUGAUGACGACUAUUCCUGGCAGUGGCCCACCAGUUUCUGGUCGCAGUUCAAAGUAUUAUCGGAAAGAAAUUUUCAAGAGGCACGACCACGAAUGUUGUCGCGUCUUCACUGGCUGCAAACGGUAGCUCUCGGGCUUCUAACUGGGCUUUUAUGGCUCGGUCUUCCCAGAACUGAAGCAGCCAUUCACGAUAUCCAGGGGUGGAUGUUCUUCAGCAACACGUACUGGAUGCUUUUUGCACAUUUUGGAGCGCUCACUAGCUUUCCCCCGGAGCGCGAGGUGAUCAACAAGGAACGCAUGUCAGGAUCCUAUCGGCUCUCGGCCUACUACCUGGCGAAGAUGGUGGGCGAGCUGCCGCUGACGAUAACGCUGCCCGCAGUCUACCAUAUAAUUAGUUACCCGAUGUUGGGCUUCCAUAAUAUAGCGGUCUUCAUCACACUGCUCGCGUUCUUGCUGCUCAACACUGUAGUCGCACAGAGUGUCGGAUUCUUCGUGGGCGCCUGCUGCGAAGAUCUGCAGGUGGGCAUCACCGUGUCUGCGCUCUACACACUUUCGACACAGCUCCUAGGCGGUUAUUUGGCGACGUCGGUCCCACCAUGGCUGGCGUGGGCCAGAUACAUCAGCAUGAUGCAUUAUGCCUAUCAGAAUAUGCAGAUUCUGGAGUUCGGCGUCGGCGAACCGAUCGCAUGCUCUCAGCCAAGUAAAUUCGCCGAGUGCAGAAACGGCACGACGAUACCUGUUUCCGCGAUUUUGGAGAGCCAAGGCGGGGUCAAAGGUUCUGGUCUACCAUUGUGGGCGAACACGGCGGUGCUACUGGCGUUCCUAAUCGUUUUCCGGACUCUGGGCUACCUCGUUCUGCGUUAUUACCGUGUACCAAAAUGAGCGUGUUGGGAGACACGCAAGUAGCACGCAAAUUCUCGACACGACUCUUCGCGGAUCUUCAGUUUUGUUACUACAUAGAGUAUUAUAGCAAACCGUCGUCGUCGCUGUCGUGGUGUCUCGCCUUUUGUUGGGGAAUAAAAAACGGCCGCGCGUCCCGACGUCGUCCCCCGGGAGAAUUUUCUCCCGUCGAGCUGUCAAACGUCUGUAAAGUUUUUCUAUCUAGCUUGAAAAUACGGGGGAGCGGCGUGAACGGUUAUAACGCGAAUGCGAGCGUUUUCACUUUUCCCGGCGGCAUGUAUCGAGCAAUGCGACAUAAAAUGCGAGACCUGCAGCAGACUUGGCGAGAACUCUACAUAUACAUACAAACAUACAUAUGUACGUAUACGUAUAUAUAUAUAAUAUAUGUAUACUUAUAUAUAUGUGUGGUAUGCAUAUAUACAUAUAUAUAUAGUAAAUGUUGAGAGACUUUACACACAUAAAGAGCGCGAAUGCGUGUGAUUCGAAAGAGAGGUGUGCCAGCGCGUGUUCAUGAAUGUCAAUAGCGUGAACAAACACGGGACAUCGUUGUUUUCUCGUUGUUUGCGGCAAGAAGGGUAUAAUAGUAGAAAAAUUUGACGCGGUGUCGCCGAAGCAGACUGAAAAUUUGUACGAUGGCGAUGAACCUUUAUACAUACAUAGAGAGAUAUACAUAUAUAUUAACAUACAUAUGCGCGUACACGCGGACGGUAGGUUUAGAUUCUUAAACAUAUUUGUAAGCGAUCCAUCACGACGUCUUAUCUCUUUUUUUUUACUUUUAUUACCGUCACAAUUGCUACGUUAAUGUUUGUUGAUACCGAUAAGAGUAAUGCUACUGUUUCUAUCAUUACUUACUACCUUUUUACUAUCGAGACGCUGUAAUUAAUACAUAGAUGAAAGAUUAUACUGCUGAUUCUAAAGUUGACAGGGUGGAGGAAAUAAGUAAAUACAUAUAUAUCGUGUUAUAUCGAUAUAUUGUUCCACCAUCGAGAUACUAUUAAACACUAUCGACCCUGGGUAAAUUUGCGUGAUUGUCAAUGGAGAUUCUAAGAUUUGAAAGUGAUAGAAAAGUCUCGGCAUUACAGACUGUUAAUAUAAAUUUUUCGACCAUCUACAUAAAUAUGUGAACAAUUAGCUUAUAAUGUAGUAUUAAUUUAUAUUUUAUUAUUAUACAGAUGUAAUUUAUUUUUAUAAUUUAUUAUUGUAUACAGAUGCCUAUCUACGGCGGUAACAUCACAUAUGUAGUCGUAAAACUAUAUUUAUUUCCAUAAUUAUCACUCAUAUCUAUAAUCAAAUAU